CGCGAAGCUUCUAGGUCCCCUUGUGUGCUUCGUACGCGUCGCUGAUACGAUCGGGACGCCGCAUGCUGCAUGAGCAGCUGGGCUGAGUGUUCUCGUUCCCUUUGUGUGCCACGUCCAGCGGGCGAUACGCUCGCCCGCCUGUGCCCCGCACCACAGCAACUACGUGCAGAGAAUGACUGCGCCUUGUUGAGUUGUAUCGAUCCUCGUUUGCCAUACUAAAGGAUACUUUCUACACCCUCUGGCCUUCACGUUCUAUCAAGAGGCAUCUGUGACUGACCCCACUUCCUUCUUAGACGAGCUAGCGCUUAGCUCCCGCACACGCGCUGUUGUUGCCUCUGUCCGUGGACCGUAAAGACGCGCAAGUAACCUUCACAGCCAGAGUGUGCUUUGUAGACCUUGCCUAGCCACAUGGUCGGAAUCCUCAAUAUGGCGAACUACGAUCUAACCCACUAUCUAAGGCAGAUGGAGAGUUUUCGAGCAGCUGAUCAUGCGAGAGACAAUCUCGUAAACGAACUUAUUGAGAAGCUCUCAGGUCUCCUUCAAGAGCAUGCCGAUGUGAAGAGCGACUAUCUGAGUGAAAAGGAUAGCAGGAGAAACUAUCAGAGUAAAGUCGAAGAUGCGCAGAGAGCUAUGAUUGAACAGGAGCGCAAGCUGGAUGCUAGCUCUUUCGUCCUCGCGCUUAUCGAUGGAGAUGGUGCUAUCUUCCAAGAUGCCCUUCUGCAGGCAGCUGCUGGUGACGGUGGCUCAGAAGCUGCGUCCCGGUUGCACCGUGCUAUUCACAAUCACAUAUCGUCUCUGUACAACAACUCUGGGACCUGGCCAAUCAUGGUUCAGGUUUAUCUGAGCCUCGACAAGCUAGCUUUCAAACUACAGCAGGUUGGGUUGCUACGCCAUCCUCAGGAGCUCCGCUCCUUCGCUCAGCGAUUCAGCGUCAAUCAGUCUUUAUUUAGUAUUAUUGAUGUCGGUCAAGGCAAAGAACGAGCAGACCACAAGAUUAAAGAAAUGCUGCGCACCUUCAGUGACAACCCCACUUGCCGCCAUAUCAUUUUUGGUGGCUGUCACGACGCCGGCUAUCUCCUAAACCUCGAUCAAUUCAAGCACAAUGAAGCUAAAGCGAGCCGUAUCACCCUUCUCGAAUCUACCCCAGCGUACAGAGGAUUCACGGAAUUGCCGAACUUCAAACAUGCCAACUUCGAUGAUGUCUUCAAAAAAGAACCCUUACCUGAUUCUGCUCCUGCUGUCAGUUCUGCGGUAGCUGCGGCCUCAAUUCCACCACCAGUACGUACAAUGACAAACAGAACGCCUCCCGCAGCGUCUGCAUUACCAGCGGUAGUCAGCCCCUCACCAAGUACACCUGCACCUUCCGUGUCAGCCACCGAAUCGAGUGAGGAUUCUACUUGGGCUAGCGUUGGCAAGAUCACUACCGAGCGUACGAAGAGUAUCUCGAUUGCGCCCACCACUGGCCUCAAAGCAAACGCAAAGAAGAAGUACGCUUAUUUCAACAAGAAAGAACAAAGACUUGACGAGCCACUGCCGGCUCGCGAUCGAAACUCUGGGGACAGUCUCGACUCUCGUAUGAAGAAGAGUGGAAAAAAGAUGUGCAACAACUUUCAUCUAGGCGGUUCAUGCGCACAAGGCAAAUUUUGCCAUUUCCAGCAUGAGCCCAAACUCAGCCCAGGCGAGCUAAAUGCCCUGCGUUAUAAAGCCCGCAGCUUAGCCUGCAAUAAUAGGUACUGCGAAGACGUUGACUGCUAUCUGGGCCAUCAAUGCGCCAACGAACGUGACUUCAACUUCUGUCGCUAUGAGAACACCUGCCAUUUACGUGCAACACAUGGUAUGGAUAAAGAGAAGUAUGUGAGAGUCGAUAGGAACGGAGUCGAAGAAUACGCACCCUAAACGUUGGUCUUGUUGGAAGGUGAAAAACAGCAACGUUCCACCACAACUACAACCAAGUUAUUUGCAGUGUUUGUCUUUGGGCUAUGUCAUGGCUGGUAUAAACAUCACCUUUUGCAUACAAAUAGUAGUGAAAUCUUAAUGCAAGCU